ACGCGUCGGGCCGCACGCUCAACUUGUGGCCGCCGUUGCCUCCCCCUGUUUUCUCGUGGCUUCCCACUACCUCUCUCUCCCUCUCUCUCUCUCUCUAUUGAGACAUCCCCAUUCUCGAUCCUUCUACUGCCUUGCGCGUCUCCUCUUCGCCUCCUCGCCUCUUCACCGCCGGUUAAGCAUGGUAUGUGAAGGCUGAGCAAGACAUGACAAAAAGUUUUCUGCAGAAGUUUGAGAGGUUGCUGUUGCUUUCUUUACUCAUAUCUAAAUAAGUUGCAUCCAACUAUCCGCAACUAUGGCUAGCAAGGUUUCUGGCAGGGUGACUGUUACUGAACAACGUGGAUUUCAAUGUUCAUUUUCAAACUCAUGGCAUCAUAUUGGAUCAGCUCCUAUGAGCAAGACUAUUGAUUUUAAGAAAUUAUGUCAUGGACAAUUUUGGAGUGCUAGGAUCUGUUCGUCAUUUGAAGGAUUUUGGCGCAUCAGUCCCCAAUAUUAUAUGCACUCCAAAGGUCACAAAGUUAUAUGUUUUUCCACUGGUACUCGUAGUAGUGAAACAAAGGAAUGCACAAGGAGUUCAGAAGACUGUGAAAAUGCUUCUAGAGAUCAUCUUGAAGAUGGGCAUUGUGGAGGAUAUGCUUCUCAUUCUAGUCAAGGCCUGGCUGAAGCUUGUAGGUUUGUUUACAAUGAUGCAAAAUAUGUGAAUGAAAGGGCACGUAAUGAUAUUAUCUUGCUUUCACGUGGCAUAACAAGACUCAAUGAUCGUGCACGCCAAGAUGUUGCCGUUCUUGGACUGGGAUUUCUUAAGCUUGAUGCUCGUGCAAGGAAGGACACCGAGAAGAUUAAGAUUGACCUUGGUGUGAAGGAAAAGGCUGCUCACUUGCACCGUAUAGCCACAAUCUUGAAGAGAGCAGCUGACAAGCAUUGGAGCGACGGGGCAUUGGAGGCUGACCUACGACGAGCAAACGUUAUAGUUAGACGCCGUGCCAUGGAAGAUGCAUAUAUGGCUUUGAAGUUUAUUCGAAACAUCCAUGAUAUGAUGGCAAACAAAUUGUACCAGAUGCCUCCAAAGGAAGGUUGUUUCUUGAUGAGCGAUAAGAUGGGAUUCAUCACACUUGAAAAAAAUGGGAAGGCUCUUGAUCUAUUUGCUGGUGAAGUCACUACAGAUCGUAUACAUGCCAUACAGGAUGCUUACUUGAGUAUGGCAUCUGCCUUGUCUGAGGCUGAUGGUAUUGAUUACACUGAUCCUGAGGAGCUUGAACUACUAGUUGCGACUCUUAUUGAUCUUGAUGCAAUGGAUGGUAAAAGUAGCGUCUCAUUAUUGGCUGAGUGUUCAAGCUCUCCUGAUGUUAAUACAAGGAAAGCUCUGGCGAAUGCUUUAGCGACUGCUCCAUCCAUGUGGAUCCUGGGGAACGCCGGCAUGGGGGCAUUACAAAGAUUGGCUCAGGACAGCAACCACGCUGUUGCAGCUGCUGCAUCCAAAGCUAUCAAUGAAUUGAAGCAGCAGUGGGAACUCGAAGAAGGUGAUAGUUUGAGAUUUAUGAUGAAUCAAUUUUCUCAGGAAGAGGAUAUAGAUGAUACUAACCAAGAAGCUGAUAGCUAAUAAGCAUUACAGAAGUCAAAGAUUCCAGUAGGGGGUGGCGAGUCACGCUUCCCUGUGAAAUGUGCAUAGAUAAGAUGAUAGUUGAUUUCUGCAAUGAAAGGGGUGAGCCACAGAAUCGAGUGACUUUUAAUAGGGUGAGACAACGUGUAUCCCCCCGUAAAAUGUGCAUAGAUAGAAUCUACAACCGGUUUGUGCAUUUCAAGGGAUGAUGCAAAUGUAAAGCUUUAGAUGAUGUAAUCUCAUCCGACCUCUAAUGUUUCUCAAUUGUAAUGGCCAUCGCCCCUUUCCUUU